AUGACGUUAAAUUUUAUACAUCACAUCAUGAUAAAGAACAUUGUUUUCCAGAGACAAAAGGAAGGUUUCAAACAUUUAUAUUUAUUAUUUUAUUGUCAUCAUCCAGACAAAUGUCUUUGUAAGGAAGGAGGAUUUAUGAAGAAAAUAUAUAGAAUUCCAUUUGAUUGGUUAGAAGAAAAAUCUAUGGGACUAAGUGAUUCAAUUGUAGUAAAUAGUUUAUACACACAAUCAGUUUAUGAAAAAGCAUUUCCAAGUCAUUCAAGAACACCACAAGUCCUUUAUCCAACUUAUAAUCCUAUUUUAGAAGAAUCUAUGAAUAGUGAAAGUCCAUUUGAAGAAGAACCUAAAGAAGAAUUUUGGUUUAUUUCAAUUAAUAGAUAUGAAGGAAAGAAGAAUCAUAAAGUAGCACUUGAAGCAUUAAGUUUAUUAGAAGAUGAUUUAAAAAAUAAUGUUAGAAUUAUCAUUGCUGGUGGUUAUGAUCUUAGAGUAAAAGAAAAUAAAGAUGUUUAUAAUGAAUUAGAACAACUUUCACAUCAAUUGCAUAUUGAAAGUCAUGUGUCUUUACUUAAAAACUUCUCAAAUGAAGAACGUGAAUAUCUUUUUAAAAAAGCUACUGCUGUGUUAUACACUCCUCCAUUUGAACAUUUUGGUAUUGUUCCAUUAGAAGCAAUGAUUAAAGGAGUACCAGUAAUUGCAUGUAAUAAUGGUGGUCCAUUAGAAACAGUACAAAAUGAAUUAACAGGACUUCUUUGUGAUGGAACUAAAGAAGGAUUUGCAAAAUGUAUCUCUCGAUUAUGUCGUGACAAUAACUUAAGACAAAAGUUAAAGUCAAACGCUAAGAAAGCAACUAAAGAAAAGUUUGGGUUUGAGACAUUUACAAAGAACGUAUCAGAGGUUGUACAUAAAGUCAUAUCAAAUUAA